AUGUCCUCUUCAGCCUGUGAGCGUAAGAGGCAUGCUCGUCUCCCAUUACAUGGUACACGCGCAGCAGCUAUAGCCAUAGGGUCUCGGCCUAAUGAAAUUACGUGCCUUCCCAGCUUCAAAUCGAGUACCCGCCGCUAUCCCCUAUGCAUGAUUCUGGCGGACAACGGCAUCGAAAUGAUGUUGGGCACAGUGCGAAGUCGGGAAACGGCGUGCCUGAUACUUCGGAGAUGCCCGCUGGGGCGGAUGGUCGAGGAAGCAUUUAUCGGGAAUCGAGCAGACGGAGCGGGAGCAGGAUGGAAGGGAAAUACGAUAAUCGAAACAUACGAGUGGCCGAGCGCUGCCACCCGGGGAAUGACCGGCGAGGCCGGGCGAUAUUACAUAAUGCAGGGCCGGACAAAAUAG